AUGGGACUCACCACUCCUGCCGACUUCUCCCAACCUCGUGAGGCAUCUGAAUCACCAGCCUUACCGUCUGGGUCCCGUCUUGUUCUGGGCCCUGCUCAGAUCCCACUCCCUGACUCGCCAGAUAGAGACCUUCGUGACCCUGUGGCGAUUGCUGAGGCUCGUGGCAAACAAAGGCAAGGGAAAGAGAAUACUGAGCGUGCUCCCAAGCGCGCACGCGCAGCUGAGGACGACGAAGAUGACCCAAGGGCCGGGGCCAAACGCGGCCGGCCCUCUGGGUCUAACAAUUACAGCCCGACUGACAUUCAGGUCCUCCUGGACUUCGUCGAAGAUGAGUGCCCUCUGGGCCAGAAAGGGUGGCAAGCCAUCCAUUCGAAGUACAGUGAGUGGGCAAGGGACCACGAACGUCCUCCUCGCAAAGCUAUGUCGCUUGAAACGAAGUUCAAACAAUUGGUGAAAACCACGAAGCCCACAGGCGAUGGUGUUUGUCCCCCCGACGUAACUCGUGCCCAUGAGAUUGACGCACUCAUCAAUGAGCGUGCCGGUACGCGUGAUCUCAACGACUCGGAUUUCGAUGCCGACAACAGCCAUGAUGACUUGCGAAAUGCUACUCCCCCCAUUGAGCAUACUGCAGUCACUCGUGCCACUCGCACCGAUGCUCCUGUGCCACGCUGCCGAGGUGCGGCUGCCUCAGAGUUGCUCACGCGCAUCAGCAGGGCCUUUGACCCCGCCGUCCAGGAAGCUCGGGACGAGCAACGUGCCAACCGAUCCAUCGCAAAUACUCAACUACUCACCCAAGCACAGCAGCUACGAGACACCAAUGCAGUCACAGAGCAGUUACGCACUCAACUGUAUGACAUGCGCAGCAAACUCUACACUGUCGAACGCGAACGCGACCUUAGUCAGCUUCGCGUGGAAAUGAUGCAGAUGCAUGGGUCUGCUCCCAACCCAGCUCCUCGCCACGCCCAUCCCAACUCAGCUCCUCGCCAUGCACGUCACCGGCACAAACCCAAACAGCCGAGUUACACCUAUUACCCUGAUGGAGGCCAAAGUGUCAUUUGGCACAGUGAGACAGAGACUCUCACCAACAUGUCUGAUCGUCGUUCGAUUUCUCCUCACUUUACUGAUGUUACCCCUACUGAUUUCGGUACUACUCCUUCUCCUCGGCGUGGAGGACCGUCUCGCUGGGCAAGUAGACCACGUUCCCGUGGUGGAUAUCCACGCAAUACUGUGGUUUGUCCGAGUUGUUCUCGCAGGGAAGGCAUCCAAGAGCCUACAGACCCCAACAGUAGGGAGGAUGCCUGUGAGCCACUGAGCACGGAAGUGUAG